AUGGCUGAAAGCUUGAUUUUUGCAGAGUCUGAUUGAAAUAUUAAGGCAGCGCUUUCUUUGAUUAACACCCUAAUGUCUUACAGAAAUAAUGAAAUUUUGGUAGAGAAAUUAAAAGAGUCAGAAAUUUGGGCGAUAACUGAGGUUUUCAACAGCAUGAACAGUGAGAGGUUAGCGGAGUUUUGCAAAAAUACUAAAAUUUCGUUAGAGACCAAGAUUUGCGAAGCUAUAGGUUGUAUUGGAAUACAAACCUCUGAUUCCAGCUGGUAUAAGAGAUCAUUUAUCAUGGAUGCACAAACAAAAAUUGAUGAGUUUGAAGAUCAUGUUAAUGAGCAAAAUAUUGUAAUUGCAGAAAUUAAGUCUUAUUUCCGUCCAAAGCAAUGCCUGCAGACCAAGUGGGGGUAUUAUUUACUAAUCUCAAUCUUUUGAGAUUUCUCAAAAGAAGCUCGUUUCUACAGAAAUGGCAAAUGAAUAUAUCUGAUUUCUAAAGAUUCUGAACCAAAAUUGACUGAAAACAAAGAGUUCAAGUUGGCUUAUCUAAAAGUUUCAGAAGAAGACCUCAAUGCUAUAAAAGCCGACUUGGAAAAUGAAGUCGAAAUUCAUCUAGAAAAUUCAAGACAAGAAAAAAUGAUUAGCACAAUCAAAGAAGAUAAAACGUAUUUUGAGGAUCCUCAGAAAAAUAUAAAAAAGUGGACAAUUAAGAAAAUUUCUUCAGAUUAUUCUCCUGCAAAAGCCAAUGAUAUGGAAAUAGUCGCGGAAAGCCUAAGAAAAGAAAUGCAGGCUAAUAAGGAAUUAAUUCAAAAAAAUAAAGUUUUGCAAGAAGAGAAACAAAAAAUUAAUGAAGAGCUCAUUAAAGAAAAAGAAAAAUUAGGGAAGGCCGAGGAUAAAUGCAAAGGAAUGGCAGCAAUCCUUGAAGAAAAAGAACUUAAAGAAAAAGAUGAAAUCAUCCAGAAAAUGAAAAAUGUUCAAGAAGAAUCUAAAAAAGAGCAAGAAAAGCCUCCAAAGCUGCCAGAAGAACCUCCAAAGCUGUUUGAAGAACCUCCAAAGCCGUCAGAAGAACCUCUAGAGCUGUCAGAAGGCUCUUUCGGUCCAUUUACAAUUUUUAAUCAAAGAAAGUUAGGUCUGCCAAAUCUUAUCAAUACUUGCUAUUUUAAUGCAGUUUUGCAAGCCUUGGCAAGCAAUGAUAGGUUUGUAGGGUGUUAG